UACGCCUUUGCAUAGACUGCUUAACGAUUCGUAAAGUUCAAUAAGUUGUAUCAUGUACAUAAUAUGGUUUAAUAUUAGCUCCAUUCCUUAAAUACAAAAAUAAUUACAACAAAGAAAUAUAUGUUGGAGUAUAUAAUUUCAUUAACGUCAUUCUAAAUUGCAAAAAGCAUGCAGACAAACCCCAGACGUGUUGUUCAUGAAAAAGACGCGAUACACAGGAUCAAUAUAACACCACUGGAAGGAGACGUAUAUAAUGCGAAACUUUCUCAUGCAAUCCUCAAAACAUUCGACGACGCAAAGAGAAAAGAAAUGAAUACAUCAAAGGUGAUUAUUCUGCUCUGUGUGUUAACAUGUGUCUUCUGUCUGAAAGAAAGUGCUGCAAACCGGACUGACUUCAGAGCGUUCCUCUCCAAGUGGAUUAAAAUGAUGGACAGGCUAGCUGCCCGCGGGUUAUUGUCUGACGCAAGUUUACAAAGAUAUGAGUUAUUCCGAACUACUUUUAGAUCAUUGAGGAGUGAUGGCACGACUGUUUGACCCAUGCAUUGCUCGGCACCAAAAAGACCAUUACAAAAAGUUUCGCAUUCUUUUUUAUGAUUUAAGAAUUCAUUCGCAGGAGGAUUAUGACAACUAUAUAAGGCUUAAUCAAAUCAAUCUUUAAUAAGUACUCCUUGACCAAAAAAGAAGUUUCCGAAGUAAACAUUGUCUUAUUUUAUCCCAAACUCUUUCUUUACAAAGAAAAUUAAAAAAGAAAUAAAUGCCCCGAGGAUGUAAAGCAGUGGCUUUCGAAAUGUUCACUUUAUCUUCUAACACUUCUAAAAUAAUUCUGGAAUUUCCUAUGACCAUUUAAACACGAAUCUUGAUUAAAGAGUACUUUGUUUAUACAUUUCUAUAAAUAUAUGCAAUUUUCGA